AGUUUCCAGUUCUUUCCUCGGCUUCGAAUUGUUCCUUGUUUUGAUAAAACGUUGAAGUGUUUGCAUUUAUUCUUUCCUCUUUUUAUGAAUUUAUCUCGUGUUUUCCACAAUUAUUUUGUUAAAAAUGCUAUUGCGGGUCCACUUGUAUAACCUUGUAUGCUAUGCGUUUACUUGUGUUAAAAAGAAGCGAUUUAUAUAUACUUGAAUAUAUCACACGUCAUCCAGACGUCAUCCACAUUGAGAGAAUUUCAUAUGGAAGACGACAAUUUUUUUUUUAUGAAAAACUGAUCGAACUAUCGAACUACUGUGUUAUGACCUCUGGUUUUAUUAACACUUGAUCUUCUAAUCUGCGCACUGGUGUAUUUCAACUAAAAUAAAGUUGAAAAGAAAAUAUUUAAGGUAAAACAAUGGUGCUCAUUUGAAUACAUUUUUGACAUAUAUUAAAAAAAUAACUAGCUUUAAUAUAUAAAAAAUGUAACGGAAAAACUCGAUGUUAUAUUAAAAGUACUUGAAAAUAACAUGCCUGUUAUGAAAACAAAUCGUUUGUUCAAAUAUUCAAUAGUUCAUAGGAUCAGUAGUUCAAAUGACAGUCGUCCAAAUUUACAACCGCUAAUUAUGAAAAAGGCGUCGUCUGAUUUCUGAGAUUGUCUUAGUCUGGUUUUUGAAGAGUCUGGACUUCGUGAUCAACAUAAAUUCAAUUCAGAGAUUUUUAAAUUAUUUAUUUUUGACGUAAACGUUUCAUAUUAAUAGUUGGUUUCAAAGUUUAUACAUUUUCAGAAUAUGUCGUUAAAUAUUAAAACCUUUGCCAGGGCUGGUAAUGAGGAGUCUAUACAGGAUGAGAACAGUGGAAGUGACGGGGAAAGUUCUUAUCAACCAACAAGGAGUGGUGAAGACGUUGAAGUUGGCAGUGCAAGUUCUCUUCCUAAACUCGAGAUCCCUCAAGAUGAAAAAUAUAUGCUAGGUCCCCGUGGGGUGGAUGGAAAUAUCAGUGUUAGAUACAAAUCCGAGAUUGAUGGCUUUUAUCAAAAUCAUGAAGAAUUAGAUGCCAUACAGAGAGCAGGGUUGCCGACUGGGUUCAGUCAUGGAUCAACUGGAACCGUAGAGAAGGGUAGGAAGGGAGAUAAGAAAACAUUUUACUGCAAUCUCUGCUACAUAGAGUUAAACUCAGAGGACACCAAGAUUUCUCAUGAAAGAGGAGUUAAACAUGUUAAGAAGGCACAGAUAUCAAGCCAGGAGUACUUGGAGAGAGGGGAGGAUCCUCCGGAGUUUAUCAAACCUAUACCUAACCCAGAGUCUGCCAAGAAGAAAAUUCCUAUUCGUCUUCAUAAAAAGUUAAAAGAAGCAAACGAUCCUGCUAUAGGCCUAGGUAAAUAUAGUUUGGGUCAAUACACUCUCCACUUUAACCCACUAAUUCUUCGGUCAGUGUAGUUCAAAUCUUUGCAG